AUGGCGGAGCACGAUCUAUCCGCCCUAGAUGGCCUACUGGAAGAACUCGAUAUCGAAGAACGCGGCAAUGAAGAUCCCCGUGCAGCCAAGCUCAAGGCUCUCUUCGAAAAGGCCAAAGCAGAGUACACCGCCAAGAUCGACGUUCCUACUUGGUAUAUCUCGUCGCAUACAAGUGGUGCUCCUUUUGAUGCCGAUGCGUUCAAGGUGCCGAGCCCAAAAGAACUCCUCGCUCGACGCAAAGCCGACCGCACAGGAUCAACCAACCAGGAAUGGACCGUGAGCUACCUUUACAAUCAGCGGCAUUUUGAGCUGUGUCUUUCGUACGUGGCGUCGUUUGCUGUGUCGAUGGGCAUCGACUUUCCCUUCGGCGCAGAAGCAGAGAAACGCCUCAAUCAGGAGCACGACAGCUCGCAACUAGCCCUGCGUCGGACCAAGCAAGAACGCGAGCUGAGCAAGAACUGGGGGAUCAUCAAGGACGUCAUUGACGCAGGCGUGCGUUCGCUCCUCACCUUGCUACGAGGCCCCACUAUUCCAGCCACGAUCGAUGCCUGGAUACCACAUUGCGCCGAAGGAGAUGGCUGUCAAUUUGGCAAGGUCGGCCUUGAUGUUUUGGGCAGCGGCUUCCUCACCUUUUGCAUGCGCGAGGUUCGCGUCGGAGCAGGAGACAGUCGAUCUGGGUACUCGGGCAUGGUCAUCCCUCCAGUCGAUGGGAAUGCACGACCGAAAGUGGAUAUGGACAAGGUGCAAUUGCAGAAUUGGACGGUCACGCACGGUCUUGCCCUGACAGCUGGCGACUUGGCCCUCGAACUUGGGCUCUACCGUACAGCCAUCGAAGCACACACACUGUUUCUCGCCUGUCGCGGGCAGAUGUGGCGUGUCCUUCUCGCACUCGCUCACGAAUUGUCGUGCUACCACCAGCAGCUCAUUGACCAAGACAAGGCAACCGCGCAAGCUCGAACCUCCCUCAGGAUUGUGGCUCAAGCCGCAAUCGUCUCGGCACUGCAAGCCGUCCCCCGACGCCGUCGACUCGAAAUCGCCGACUCGAUCCUCUCACAGCACCGCGUCAUCCCCGCUGCUUGGAUCGACGAAGUGCUGCAUCCUGACUACACGCAGCUCUCUCCGUUCGAUGACGAAGACCAACUGCUGUUCAACGGCCUUCUUGCACCUCUCGACUCGGGGUGGUCGAUGUUGCCUGAAGAAAUCGGCAUCGCCCUCGUCAAGGUCGUGUUUGCGAAGAAGAGCGGCCUGCUUGCGAUUUAUUCGAAGUUCCCCGCCUACAUGCGGGAAUACACGCAGCGGCUAGGCGAUGCUGCCGCCAACAAGGAUGGCGCCGCCCAGUGGACGGGCGAUCUGGAUGCAGCCGAUGAAGAGGAAGUCGAAAACGGUCCUCGAAGCGUUCGGACACUUUGA